AUGGUAGGCAUACCUUCGACGCCAUUUCGCGCGCCAGAGAGCGCAUCUGAAACUGGUGCUUCCGCAGUGCAAGUUGCGGUGCGACUUCGGCCUGAUGCUGUGGAAGACCCCAUGCAAGCCGCCUCGCGCUUCAUGCGACCAGCUGUCACGGCCACUUCCCUUACCAGUGUCUUGGUCGAGCCAAGCAUCCAAGUGACUUCGUCACGCGAGUCACGCCAUUCGUUUUCCUUUGAUCGCGUGUUCGAUGUGGAUGCAGCGCAGACAACGGUAUACCAAACUAGUGUAGCACCCUUAGUGCAGCGGUUCCUGGAUGGGUAUAACACCACCAUUUUCGCGUAUGGUCAAACAUCCAGUGGCAAGUCGUAUUCUAUGGGAACCUCGGAGGAAAGUGAAACGCUUCUUCUUGAAGAGGAGGACAUGGAUGAACUGGGCGAUCGCAUUGGUAUUAUCCCCCGGGCAGCGCGACAAAUCUUCCAUACGCUGCGCGACAUGAGUGACCCAGACUCUGAAUACAAGCUUACCGUGAGCUUCUUGGAACUGUACAAUGAAGAUCUUAUUGAUCUACUUUCAGACCCUAUCGAUGAGCCUUGCCAAGUUCAAAUUCGCGAGACGCGGGCAGGCGAGAUUGUAUGGAUGGGUUUGCGGCAGCAUGCCGUGGCGAGUGAGCAUGAGGUUGUUCGCUUAUUGCAGGAUGGCAUGGCCAUGCGUCAGACACAUGAAACAGAAAUGAAUGCGCAGUCCUCACGUUCUCAUGCUAUCUUUUCUAUCACCUUGACACGACAACGACGAACUGUCCAGGAACGAGCCCCCUCGUCGUUAGGUCAAGAGACCAUUGUCACUACCACCAGUAAGCUGCACUUUGUGGACCUGGCUGGCUCGGAGAGGCUGAAGCGCACAGCUGCUACAGGUGAUCGUGCGAGGGAGGGCAUCGCGAUUAAUUCAGGUCUGCAUGCACUUGGAAAUGUCAUCAGCAUUUUAAGUGAUCCUGCCAGGUCAAAGCGGGCCGUGCAUGUUCCCUACCGCGACAGCAAAUUGACUCGGCUGUUGCAGGAUAGUCUUGGUGGAAAUGCACACACGCUAAUGAUUGCCUGCGUUUCGUCUACGGAAGGCAACGUCAGUGAAACACUCAACACGCUGCAGUAUGCACAACGAGCGCGUCGUAUUCGGAACACGGUCGAGCGGAAUCAAGUGGAAGCGGGUUGGGACAACUUGGAGUAUUUACAGGGUCUUGUGACACGCUUGCGUAAAGAGCUGGAUCUCGUCCGAAGUUCCAACGAACUGGUGCUGGCCUCGCCGGAGAAGAUGAGUGCGCCUAUGGAGUCCGAAUGGCAACGUGAACUUUUAGCUUGGCAAGAAAAAUGCACGGCCCUAAGCCGUAAGAACGUGCAGUUAAGCGCAGAAUUGGUCCAGCUAGAGCAAGGGCGGAAUGGUGGCUCGAAUGACUUUUUGGAAGCAGCAGAGCCAGUAAUUGUGGAGUACGAAAAGACAGUCGAUGCAUUGGAAGGCCAGAUCAACAUGCUCAAAGCCUCUGUGGCGUACUCUGAGCAACUGCUUCGUGACCAAGCGAUGGAAUUGGAGGCUGCGAAGGAACGUGCUCAUCAGGCCGAUGAAAAAUUGGAAGUGAUGCGGAGAGACAUGGCUGCGCUUCAAGCAAAAGUAUACAACUAA